GAAAUGUUUAGAGUGACGACUUCCGGGUAGAGCAAGAUGGCGGCGCCCAGUGGCAGCGUGUUGGAGUGAAUUGUUAUCGUAAGGUGCGAUAUGGCGGGUCUCACGUUAUUUAUUCGGGGUCUCCCGGAAGAUGCCAGCUCCGAGAAGCUAGGAGAGCUCUUCAGUGAUACCGGGCCCGUCAGACAGUGCUUCGCGGUCAGACAGAGAGGUACAGAGAAAUGUCGUGGCUUUGGUUAUGUCACAUUUUCCAUGCUGGAGGAUGCCCAGCGAGCAAUGAAAGAAAUCAAGCAGUAUGAUGGGAAAAAAAUUGAGGUCUUGGUGGCAAAGAAAAAGCUUACGGAAAAGGAUAGGAAAUCAAAAAGUAAAGAGACUGCCAACACCCCCGUGGAAAAGAAGCCUAAAGAUGGCAAAGGACAGCACAAAAAAGCAAGACUUAUUAUCCGAAACUUGAGUUUUAAGUGUUCUGAAGAUGAUCUCAAGAAACAUUUUUCUGCAUUUGGAACUGUGCUGGAGGUGAACAUCCCAAAAAAGCCAGAUGGGAAAAUGCGAGGCUUUGCAUUUGUGCAGUUGAAGAACAUGCUGGAAGCCAGCAAAGCAAUAAAAGGCACGAACAUGAAGAAUAUAAAAGACCGUACGGUUGCUGUUGAUUGGGCUGUAGCAAAGGAUAAAUAUACAGCUACCCAGGGAGCAACUGCGAGUGAGACCAAGAAAAAUACUGAGGUGUGUAAACCAGAGGAGAGUGAUGAGGAUGAAGGAGAAGCUGCCUCCUCAGAGGAAGAAGAAAAAGAGGAAGAAAAAACAUCACUGAAGAAUGAAGGCAGUUCUGCAGAGGAGGUUGGAGAUGUGUCAGAUGAUGAAGCUGUUGAACCAGAAGAGAAAUGUCCCAAAGCAAAAAGGAAAGGACACAAACCCCCGGAAAAAACAAACAAGAGGAAGGAUGACAGUGAGGAGGAGGAGGAGAGUAGUGAUGAUGAGGACGAUGAUGAUGACGAUGAAGCGAAGGAUAACAAAUCUGACUCUGGGCAGGAGAGUGACAAUGAAGAUGAUCUGUCAGAGGACUCAGAUUCUGAGAGUAAGAAAAAAGAUAAGAAUAAAAAGAAAAAGCAAUUGCCUUCUGAUGUUGGUGAAGGAAGGACAUUGUUUAUCAGGAACCUGUCUUUUAACUCUGAGGAGGAAGACCUGGAGGAAUUGCUGCUCAGAUUUGGAAAUAUAAAAUAUAUCCGCAUUGUGGUUCAUCCUGACACAGAGCACUCCAAAGGUUGUGCCUUCGUCCAGUUUGUGGAUAAAGAAUCUGUAGAGAAAUGUCUAGUGGCUGCCAAGGAUGAAUCUGAGGAUGGAGGAUUGAUGCUGGCUGGGAGGAAGCUGAUGGUGGAUCUUGCUGUGAGCAGGGAGGAAGCUGGGAAACUACGUCAGAAGGUCAAGAAACCCACAGGGACAAGAAAUCUGUAUCUGGCAAGAGAAGGAUUGAUUCGAGCAGGAACAAAAGCUGCUGAGGAAUUGAGUCCAGAAGAUCUGGCCAAAAGAACUCGGUUUGAAGAGAUAAAACGCCAGAAGUUAAAGAGCCAGAACAUUUUUGUUUCAAAGACCCGUCUGUGUGUUCACAACAUUCCUAAAUCUGUGGAUGACAAAAAGUUGCGACAGUUGUUUUAUUCUGCUGCAGGUGGAGAUAAAUCUGUUAAAAUUAAAGAGUGUCGUGUAAUGAGAGAUUUGAAAGGCUUGCCUGGAAAUCAGAAGGGGCAGUCUCUAGGUUUUGCCUUUGUGGAUUUCAGUGAUCACGAACAUGCCCUAGCAGCUCUGAGACAGAUCAACAAUAAUCCAGAUCUCUUUGGACCGAAAAAGAGACCAAUCGUGGAAUUCUCCCUCGAGGACCUGAAUAAAAUUAAACUAAAGGAAAGAAGAGCACAGCGCAGUCUGGAGAUAUUGAGACAGAAGCAGGCAAAGGCACAAGCUUUAGGCACCCCUCAGGCACAGCCAGUUCAAGGUAACUCGAAGAAGAAUCAGCGAAAGUGUGCUGAAGGCGCUGAAGCUGCUGCUGGAGGGAAGGCAAAUCUUAAACAGGAGGUAAUAGUGGGAAAAAAUGCAAAAGCCUCAUCUGGGAAGGCACCUCUCAAUAAAGUACCGCCAACUGACUCCUCUGCAACAAAAGCCAUCAAACGGAAACAAACGGCUGGUAACGGUAAAGACUUGGCAGCAGAAACACAGGAAGAAAAGCCAUCACGGCCUGUUUCUUGGUCUGGAUUCAAAACGAAAGAGGAACUUGAACAUGAAGAGCUUGAAGAUGGAAAGAAAAGGAGAAAAGUUUUACAUAUGCCAUCCCAUUCAGGACCUAAAAUAAGAGCACGUGACAAGGGUAAGCUUCAGCAGAUGUUGUCAAAGAAGCCAAAAUCUCACCAGCAGAGUCGGCAACAGCAAAGGAUAAAAUCGUCGGAUACUCAGAAACCACCUAAGAAGCAGCAGCCAAAGCGAAACCAAGCAGAGACUCGAUUUAAUCAGCUGGUGGAACAAUAUAAGCGCAAGAUCCUGGGGAAACCUAAUGCAGCCGCUCCAGUUAAAAGAAGCAAGUGGUUUGAGGACUGAGGUGGAUGAUGGGUCUCCUAAUGGACUUUUGGCCAUUGUACAUUUCUUCACCCUGUUGGUUUUUACUUAUUCUUUUAGAUCUGCUUGUACAGAAAGAAGAUAUGGGGCGCCUGUUAAUAAUGUGUUCCAUAAAAAGGGGUUUGUUCUAAUUAUAUCAUGAAGACAGUACUAACUAGAGUAGUAAUUAUCCUUCAAACCCUGAAAAUGCCUAAAUGUGGUGAGAUGUAUGCGUUAUCCCCAUGGAUAUUCAGAUUGUCACCGAAACUUCUGCAGAGAUUCUAUGAAAACAAACCGUUGUCCCUUUUUAGGUAUUUUGACAUUUUUUGUAAUAAAUUUUAUGGUUGUCGGUUAUCCUUCUCCUUUUUCAUACAUCCCAUUGUGGAACAUAUUCUCAAAUGCAGACCAUGCUUCUAGAAGACUAUCGAUGGAGAAAUAAAGUAAUAGAAGAGUGAAGGAAA